AUGAUACUCGGACAGGUUAUCAAGGAGUACAAGGGCAUGGACAGAGAUCCAACAAAGAUACACAAGGAGGUGCGGAAACGACUCAAGGACGGUGGCUAUGCAAUCCCGCUGUUUUCCGAAUUCAUGUUGAGGCUUGAAGAACUCCGAGCCCCUACUUCGGGUAGCAUCAUCUCCAACAAUGUUAACCCAUGGUGUACAAGUCCCAUGCACAAGUCGUACACAAUCACCCGCGACACACGCGAGCACAAGAAUCAUCCAAAGAGGUUGGAACAGAUACCAUACUUGAAACGAUCGCUCAUUGCCGUUUGGCGACAUGAAGAAAAAGCUAAGAGGAGGGCGCAGCGACUGGGCACAGACCGUGACCAGGAACAUGAAGGGUCGAAUUCGGAUCUCGCGGUCGGUAUCUUGCGAGAAAGACUCAAAGCAGCUGAGGCGAUGUGUACUCGACUCGCACAGGAGAAGGAUUCCAUGGUCUCAAAGAUCGACGCAGCCGAGGCGAGGAGCAGUCGUGAUGGCAUGCGAAUCGCAGAACUCGAGGCAGCCGAGGCACAAGGCGCUAGUGGCGGCGCACUUGCAAGAAUCGCAGAACUAGAAGCAGAGAUUCAGAGGCUGAAAGACGACAGUUCCACAAGGGGCUCAACUGUCCACAGUCGGUCUUUUGGCGAUGACGGAUUUGGGGACGGUUUCGACUUUUCCGACACUGGAUUCGGAGGUGGCGAUACCGGCCACAGCUCUGAAGACGAGACUCCUGGCAAUCCUACAAGUCAUAUUGGAAGGACUUCAGAGUUGAAAACCACACCUUCGUUGAAGAGGCCUGUCUAA